AUGAUCGAUAACUUCGGAAUGGCACCGUGUGAACGCACCGAUCGAGUUCCGGAAGGUAAAAGUGCACAUACACUCCUUCUGUCUGGCAUCUAUCGUGGUGGUUAUGAGUUUUUGGCCAAAAUUCGAUUUGUACUCGAUCCUGUCGAUAAAACGGUUACAAUGAAUCUUUUGCUUAGGAGGGAAUUAUAUAAAGGUUAUCUGUAA